ACAUUUUCUCUUUUUUUUCUGCCGUUUCCAUAAUCCGCCAUCAUGAAGUUUCACGCAGCGGCUCUCACACUUGCGUGUUUAGCAAGCUCGGCCUCGGCCGGAGUGGCCCAGCCAAGGGCCGAUGAAGUCGAGUCGGCCGAGCAAGGCAAGACGUUCUCCCUUGAACAGAUUCCGAAUGAGCGUUACAAGGGCAACAUCCCCGCCGCCUACAUCUCGGCUCUGGCAAAGUACAGCCCUACUAUCCCGGACAAGAUCAAGCAUGCCAUUGAGAUCAACCCGGACCUGCACCGCAAGUUCAGCAAGCUUAUCAAUGCCGGCAACAUGACUGGCACUGCCGUUGCCUCUCCGCCUCCGGGAGCUGAUGCCGAAUAUGUGCUGCCUGUCAAGAUUGGCACCCCGCCCCAGACUCUGCCCCUGAACCUCGACACGGGCUCAUCUGAUCUCUGGGUCAUCUCGACCGACACUUACCCGCCGCAAGUCCAGGGCCAGACCCGGUACAACGUCAGCGCCUCGACGACCGCGCAGCGCCUCAUCGGCGAGUCGUGGGUGAUUCGGUACGGCGACGGCUCCAGCGCCAACGGCAUCGUGUACAAGGACCGGGUGCAGAUCGGCAACACCUUCUUCAACCAGCAGGCGGUGGAGUCGGCCGUCAACAUCUCCAACGAGAUCAGCGACGACAGCUUCUCGUCGGGCCUCCUGGGGGCGGCCAGCAGCGCGGCCAACACGGUGCGGCCGGACCGGCAGACGACGUACCUGGAGAACAUCAAGAGCCAGCUGGCGCGGCCCGUCUUCACGGCCAACCUCAAGAAGGGCAAGCCGGGCAACUACAACUUCGGGUACAUCAACGGCUCCGAGUACAUCGGCCCCAUCCAGUACGCCGCCAUCAACCCGUCGUCGCCGCUGUGGGAGGUCUCCGUCAGCGGCUACCGCGUCGGCAGCAACGACACAAAGUACGUGCCGCGCGUGUGGAACGCCAUCGCCGACACGGGCACCACGCUGCUGCUCGUGCCCAACGACAUUGUCAGCGCCUACUACGCCCAGGUCAAGGGCUCGACGUUCAGCAACGACGUCGGCAUGAUGCUCGUGCCCUGCGCCGCCACGCUGCCCGACUUUGCCUUUGGCCUGGGCAACUACCGCGGCGUCAUCCCCGGCUCGUACAUCAACUACGGCCGCAUGAACAAGACGUACUGCUACGGCGGCAUCCAGUCGUCCGAGGACGCGCCCUUUGCCGUGCUGGGCGACAUUGCCCUCAAGGCGCAGUUUGUCGUCUUUGACAUGGGCAACAAGGUUGUCGGAUUUGCCAACAAGAACACCAACGUCUAA